AUGUCACUCACUUAUGCGACGGUUCCAGUCAAAGUCCAUGGCGUGAGCCUUAACCUGUCAACAAUUCACUGUCUCAAAUCUGAACCUCCUAUUCUAUUCCUGCACGGAUUCGGCUCCUGUAAGGAGGAUCUAGCUGAUUUACAACUUCAUCCAGACUUGGAGCAACAUGGCUUUAUCGCAUUCGAUGCGCCGGGCUGCGGGCAAUCAGAAAGUGAUCAGCCAUCGGCAACAGACAUUCCUUUUCUCGUUGCCACAGCAGAAGCACUCCUGGUGCACUUUAAUAUAACUCAAUUUCACUUGAUGGGUCACUCAAUGGGCGGGCUCACUGCACUUCUUCUCGCACACCACCAUCCAGACCGAGUCCUGAGCUUUGUUGAUAUCAAGGGCAAUCUUGCACCUGAAGAUUGUUUCCUUAGUCGCCAGAUCUUCACCUUUCACUCGGAUGACCCGGAAGAAUUCUUCGACCUAUUUAUUGACCGGACUCGAAAGGCGCCAUCUUUUGCUAGUCCUUUAUACUCCAGUACCCUUCGCGCGCGAGUGCGUGUCGAGGCGGUACGACCGAUCUUUGAGUCGAUGGUCCGCUUGUCAGAUGAGGAGGAUCUGUUGGGAAUGUUCCUUGGACUACCGUGCCCAAAGAUGUUUAUGUUUGGAUGGGAGAACCGGGGACUGUCUUAUCUGCCGCGGUUGAAGGAAGGGGGCGUUGAGUUGGCGGAGAUCUCGAAGAGUGGGCACUUUCCAAUGUACUCCAACCCUGUUGAGAUGUACAUGCGGAUGUCGGUAUUUCUGAACAAAAUUCGCCCCAACUAA